CUCAGUUGCGAGAACGAGUUGUAGUGGAAGAGUGUGUGUGAGUGGGAGUAGUGGUGGGUCGUCUUAAUGUUUUAUGUUUAACGUGUGAAAAGAAGAUCUGUGGUGAGUGACGGAGAUGGAGGUACGGUUACGUAUGCAGCUAUUGCUAUCAGUGGUGGUGCUGUGUCUAACAGUUAUCUGUGCACAGAAGCAGUCAGUAGGUCUACAGAACCCCUGCACGAGCAAGCAAACUUGUAGUGAAUGUAUAAGGACUCCAACAUGUGCAUGGUGCAUGCAGCCGUCUAUGCGUGACGGCAAGCGCUGUUUUCAACCGAGUAGCAGCCUGGACUGGACACUCCACUGUGAUGAGAAAUAUGUUUACAAUCCUGACAAUGAGUACAGUAUAAUCCUCAAUCAGAAGCUGAGCAAGGGAAGUAGGACACGCUACCAGUCUAGCAGCAGUGGGACUUUCAUAAAAGGGAGCAGCAGCAGUGGCAGCUCAAGUGUCAUCAGCGGCGGCAGCAGCAGUGGCGGCGCCAUCAGCGGUGGUGGUGGGAGCAUCAGUGGUGGCGGUAGCAGCAUCAGUGGCGGUGGCAGCAGUGUCAGUGGUGGUAGCAGCAGCAGCAGUGGUGGUGGAUUCUACGCAGAGAGCCAUUCCGAGGCAGUGCAGAUUGCUCCUCAGAGAGUGUCAUUGAAGCUCAGACUGAAUCAGGCCUAUCGGAUCAGAUUUGAAUAUGCCCAAGCAGAGGAUUAUCCCGUUGAUCUGUACUAUUUGAUGGACCUUUCAAAAUCUAUGGAAGAUGACAAGGAUAAGUUAUCAAGCCUCGGAACAUUACUAGUUGAUUCCAUGAGAAAUAUUACAUCAAAUUUUCGACUUGGCUUUGGUUCGUUUGUUGACAAAGUUGUUAUGCCGUAUGUGAGCACAGUACCAAAGAAAUUAAAGGAACCGUGUACUGGAUGUGAAGCACCAUAUGGCUUCGUAAACCGUAUGUCACUAAGUGAGGAUGUAGACACAUUUUCUGAUAAAGUGAGAGAUGCAGCAGUGUCAGGAAAUCUGGAUGCUCCUGAAGGCGGUUUUGAUGCUAUCAUGCAGGCAGUUGUCUGUAGAGACAAAAUAGGCUGGAGAGAGAAGGCCCGACGACUCCUUGUGUUCUCUACGGAUGCUGGAUUCCACUAUGCUGGUGAUGGCAAGCUUGGUGGCAUUGUUAAGCCAAAUGAUGGAGAGUGUCACUUGGACAGUAGUGGGCUUUAUACUCAUUCAACUAUACAAGAUUAUCCAUCUAUAUCACAGCUGAAUUUGAAAGUCAGAGACAACUCAAUUCAUGUGAUAUUUGCUGUGACUGCUGAGCAGUUUUCUGUUUAUGACCAGUUGCGGACAUAUGUUGAAGGCUCAUCAUCAGGACAGCUGUCUGCAGAUUCUUCAAAUGUUGUAGAUCUUGUAAAAGAUCAGUACAAUAAAAUUUCUUCAUCUGUGGAAAUGAAAGAUAAUGCCAGCAGUGCAGUGAGAAUCACAUAUUAUACAAGUGGCUUAUCUGGAGGAGCAAUGAAGCAAACGCAUAAGGUUGAUGGUUUGAAAGUGGGCUCAAAAGUUAAGUUUGAAGCAGAAAUUGAAGUGACAGAGUGCCCAAAGAACCGAAAAGAUUGGCAGCAGCUUAUCCGGAUUUAUCCAGUUGGUGUCAAUGAAAGUCUUCUUGUGGAUUUAACAAUAUUAGGCGACUGCCCCUGUGAACGCAAGUCACAUCCUACUUACAAAGAGAAUGCCAUUGAAUGUUCGGGAGCUGGAACAUAUAUGUGUGGCAUAUGUAAAUGUGAUGCUCAACACUUUGGUCGCAAGUGUGAAUGCAGCAGUGAGAGUGGAGGAAAAGAAUUUGAAGGUGUGAACACAUGCCGACCAGACAACACAUCAACUGUUGACUGUUCAGGACGGGGAACAUGUAUAUGUGGAGUGUGUGAGUGUGAUUCUCGGCCCAAUCCGUAUGAGGUUGUAUCAGGCACAUAUUGUGAAUGUGACAAUUUCACAUGUGAAUAUUCUCAUGGUGAAAUAUGCUCUGGCCCCACUCAUGGUAUCUGUGAUUGUGGAAAAUGUAAAUGUAAGCCAGAGUGGACAGGUGUUGCUUGUGACUGUCCAGUGUCCAACCAGACUUGUAUAUCACCCAUCAAUGGGGAGGUAUGUUCUGGACAUGGUGAAUGCAACUGUGGAACUUGUUUGUGUGAUGACGAUGGUGGUGAGAAUCGUUACACAGGAAAAUUCUGUGAAAGGCGACCGGGUGUGAAACCACCUUGUGCUGUGUUUAAAGACUGUGUGCAAUGUCAAAUGUAUCAUAAAGGAAUUCUAACAGAAGAAGAAUGUGCAAAUUGCACAUUUGUACCAAUUUCUGUUGAUUAUGUUGAAGCGGAUGAGGACAAGGGAGAAGUUUUCUGCUCUUAUUACGAUGAAGACGACUGCCAGUUUCGUUUUGUAUAUGCCUUUAAUGACACAGGCCAUGUUCUGGUUAGAGCUCAGGAAGAGCUCGACUGCCCUGCAGAAGUUUAUGUCUUAGGAAUUGUACUUGGUGUUAUAGCUGCAAUUGUUCUCAUUGGUUUGGCAUUCAUUUUGCUCUGGAAAGUUCUCACAACAAUUCAUGAUCGACGAGAAUUCGCCCGAUUUGAAAAGGAACGAAUGAUGGCCAAAUGGGACACUGGUGAAAAUCCAAUCUACAAGCAAGCAACAUCUACUUUCAAAAACCCGACAUAUGCUGGAAAGUGAUCUGCUUGUACUGCUGUCUGUAGCAGAGAGACCUUAUUUGAAAAUUACUGCCUUUACAGUGAGGAUCCAGGGGAGCAAAAUUUGUGAACUUGAUGACUUCAGUAAUUUAGUCAUACUAAUAAUUCUAUUUGUAUGCAUAAGAUUUAUUAGUUGAUCUGGAAAAAACUCUUUUGGUUUUUACUUUUACAUUUUUCUCUGACAAACAUUUGUCCAUUGGUGCAGAUGAAUAGAAUGCAAAAGUGUUGACUUGGAACAAUGCUUUUGAAGGUGAACAUAUUAAAUGGCAGUCAAUGCUCAGGUGCAUUAUUGUGCCUCUUCUUAUCUACAGUAUUUGUAUUUUAUAUUAGAUAGUUUACAAAUUUUGAUUAAUGUUCAGCACAGUUAUUUAAGUAGUGUUUGCGUAUGGAAGCAUUUGGGAACUUAAUUUUUUCAGAAUGCAAUGCACAAAAUUUUUAAUGAUCUCAGGCAUGUUCUGGUCCAUGUUCUUCCAUACACACGUAAAUCAAGCAAACUAAUGCUGUUUAAAAUAUUUUGAUAUAUCAUCAGACUUUUGAAGUAAUAACAGUGCUAUGCUGUUUUCCAGAAUGAUAUUUACCACAUAUACUAUUGCACUGAUUUGACCAGUGCAUUCCUUUCAAUUUAAUAUCACUGUCUUUGAGCAGCUUAAACUCCACUGUUAUUCAUUGAUGUUAUUUAUUAUGUUCAGUCCAGUUAAUGAUAAUCAGUUAAAAUGUUCCAGCAAGUAAUUUUAAACAAGCAGGUUUUGAAGAUUUUUUUUCUAUGUGGUAUUGAUGUUUCUAAGGAGAAACAUAUCACAUACUUUUGUACCAGUUUUCUGGUGUAGUACAUUGAGUUAGAUAUAUGUGGUGCUGUUAUUUCUUGUGCUAAGUUGGAGAAUAAGUGAUCAAAGAAAACGAAUGAGUUCAGUGAAAUUUACUGGUUUCUUGGUGAAUCUCUUACAUGAUGCCUUCAUAACAUGAUGUGCCUUAGUUCUUUAAAAAAAAAGAAUGAUAGUGUUAUGGGAUAAUCUUCAUAAAUAUGUUUACUGUGCAGUUAUAUGUGCAACUGAAGUCAAUGUUUCUUCGUAGGACACAUCCAGUUAAGAUGAACAUUUAAUAUUUGUUGAUCGUUUUGAAUCUCUCUACAAAGCUGUGGCUGAAACAUUAACUGGGAAAAAUUAUUUUAGAUUUUAUACUGUUUUGUAAUACACAAAAAUAUCUUGUAAAUAUCUAAUAUUUAUAUAAAAGAGGAUAAUUUUGCCAAUUAUUUUCAGGAAAGGUUUACGUAUACUGUCUCCACCUUCAUAGGUGCACGUGUUGAAUAGACAUAUGUAAAGCUGAGUAAAACAAUUAUUUGUGUGUGUGUGUGUGUGUGUGUGUGUGUGUGUGUGUGUGUAAGAGAAAGAGAGAUUAUUUUUAAAAUUUGUGAUAGUUCUUCUCUUAAAAAUCGUCAUAUUAUGAUGACAUUUACUGUUCUAUGUUGGUUUAUAUGGCAUGUGGUUUAUAAUCACUGGCAGAGAAGCUCUUUGCCCAGUGCGACUCUAAUGUCUACCUGCUUUGUUUUAACACAAAAUAGAUAGUGAGUAAUCACUAUUUGGUGAAAAAGAAUAACUGCUUAAUUGAAUGGAGCAUUUGAGGGUUACAUGAUUACUUAAGAGUUUUUUAACUAGCCAAUGCUCCUUAAUGACUGAAGUAAUGUAGUUAUUCUUGUAAAAUGGCAGCUUCAUUGAGUGCUGUACUUACUAUACAGUUAUGACUUACACUAUUCACAUUACUCAUAAUACACCUGACCAAAGUCAUAACUGUUUGUAAUACACUUAUUAAGACAUCCCUAUACUUUUCAUUUCAGUCCUCUUUGAUAUUUGUUCUCCUCUUCUAUUUUUCUGUCUGUUCCAGACAAAUUCUUUAGUCUCUAGUCUUCCCUUGUCUGCUUUAAGUACUCUCCUAUUAACUCUCUCCUUCCAGUGUCUUAAAUCUCAUUCAGAGCAAGUGCUGCCUAUAGAAGAAGAAGAAGUUUGAAUUCUUGUAAAUCAUUAAAUCCCCACUGAUUUAUCAUACUCUCUAAUAUUAUUGCCAUCACUUGCAUUACAACACAAUAUUUGAGAGUGACUACCUACGUAUCAGAUGCCUGAGGUGGAUGAAACAAGCUGUGAUUGACAGCUGCUUACAGAAAAUGUAAUGUCAAAACCUCAUGUUUUCCUCAGUUAUAAAAAUUAUUUGCUGGCUUCUCAUUCAAGGAAGUAAAGGAAAUAUGUGACAGCAUAAGGGAAAAAGGAAAGCACUCAAACUCAAUCAUCAGGAGACAUGGGUAUAAUUCCUUGUCUUUUCUGUUUUUCAACCUAGGGCAUCAAGCAGUUUUGCCUUUCUCUCUUACACCUGUAGGUGUUUCUUUUAUUGUCUUCUGUAUCCAUACAUGCCAUUUGCUUCUAAUGAAACAAUACUGUUUGAAGUUCAGAGACUGAAUCAGUCUCCAACCUCCAUUUCUCUGUCUGUAAGCUGUGCUUACAGUACUUGUUGCUCCUAUUCUGAUGGCUAGUUGUCCUGUUAUGUCUCUCAUAUCAGCUCCAUCUAUAACUCAUUUUCAGCUGGCAUUAAACCCUGUCUUUUUUUUCUCUGUUUAUUAGAAAGUAACAAUUAUCACUUUAUUUGGAAUUUAGAUUUACACCAGAUGUUAGGCAUGUAUGUAUUCAUAAAAGCUUUAAAUACCUUAUUUUUCAAACUUUAUGUACACUUAAAACUAGAAAGUUAAAUUUGCAUUGUGCAAUUGCAGUGGAGAUAGGGAAAAGAAUAGUAACGUGCUUCUUUGCAUGUGGUGAAGUAGCAUCUCGGGAAACAUAGGGUUUACACAUUAUUACUUGUCAUUUGAGAUGUGUACAUUCAUGAAUGCUGAUGUUACUAACACUCAGUUUUAAACUUGUAAAUAAUCAUUGAUAUAAUGUUGAUCUGUUUGAGCAAAGAUCUGCAUUUCAUUAUCUAUUAAAAUUUUGUUAAUGGAGCUAGCUUUCCAUUUAAUUGUUACAUACACUUCAGAAACUUUUUAUUUGUUAUUAAGCUGUUUUAAGUUAUUUGUGCCAUGUGAGUCGCAGGAUGUGAGGGAAAUUUGUGCAGCAUAAGAUUUUGUGAUGCUAUGACUUUGUUGUGUGUGAUACUGUAUGUGACUUUUGAACUUAUUUUAACAUUGUUUUAUAUUUUUGUCUAAUGUGUGAUAACUUGUGUCUCUAAAUGUUAAGCAUCUCUUUCACAUAUGAAUGGCUGUAACAUUUAUUGUGCACUGCCAUUGAUUAGCUUUAAGUAGAUCUGUGUGUGUCAUGUGCAACAUAACUAUGAACUGAAAGUAUCUAUAGACUGUCGUCUUUAACCGUAUUAUAAAGUGUGUAAAUUGCAGUAGUUUGAAAAAAAAUUAAACACUGUGAUUUUUCUGUGUAAUAAUGAAAUUUCUUCCAUAACAGUUACCUUGAUAUUCAUUUCAAAAAUAUUUCCCUGUUCUGCUAGGUAAUUUCAGACAUUUUCAAAGUGUAUUUAUCAUCACUGCUGUACUUACAAUGAGAGCCCCUUGACAAGAGGUAACCGUACCACAGCUCUGUCUGCUUUGGUAACAUGAGAAAUUGUGUUAAUAUAAACUGUUUGUAAAAGACCUUUGAGAGAUGAAAAGGAAGUUCUGGCAAUACAAUGUACACAUUUUCAAUCUGUUAUUCCACUGCAAAAGUAUAUAUUUUCAAAAACAGUUAGUAGUGAAAUAAAAUAAAGCAUUUUUCUGUA